AUGGACGAGGCCAAAACGACACCGCUUCUAAAGAGGAAACAACCCCAACAAACCCUAACCUCACCGGUUACACUGAAGAAACAAGUUCAACAAACCCUAACAUCACUGCAUCUUCCGUUCGAUCUGGUGGCAGAAAUACUGUGUAGGCUCCCUGUGAAACAUCUCAUUCAAUUCUGUUGCGUCUGCAAGUCAUGGGGUUCUCUUAUCUCCGGCGAUUCCAAGUUUGCCAAGAAGCACCUUCGGUUGUCAAACUCCCGCGACGACCGCCACCAUCUCAUCAUGAGAAUGGUACAAGAUUCACCUGAGUUCUUUCUAUGUCAUUCCCCGAUCUCCUCUAUCUUGAGUUCUGCAUCAACUACACAGUACAAGAGUCCUCUAGAAGUAAUUCUUAACAAAAGAUACCAUGGUAUAGAAAUUUCCGCUUGUGACGGCAUCUUAUGCAUUAGCAUAGAAUGGGUAAAUGAUUCUUUUGUUCUAUUGUAUAAUCCUUCCAUUAGAAAACUCAAGAUAUUGCCGCCUUUAAAAUUUACACACCAAAGAUAUGUUGUAAUCUCAUAUACGUUAGUGUAUGAUCGUUUCACCAAUAAUUAUAAGGUUAUUGCUAUUGCUGCUAGCAGUAGCAAAAAAGAAGUCAACAUUCAUACUUUGGGUACAGAUUGUUGGAGAAGGAUUAAUCAGGACUUCCCAGGUCCUCACCUCAUUCUUAUUCCUAGAUCGGGAAUAUUUGUGAAUGACUCUGUUAAUUGGUUGGUGUAUGAGGUUGCUGGUGGUUCAGGGUUCAUUGUUUCUCUUGAUUUCGUGAAAGAGUCCUAUCAAAAGCUUUCAUUGCCUGUCUUUGAUAUGCUAUUCACAAUUUCUUUUAUGACCUUAGGGACAUUGAGGGGUUGUUUAUCCCUCCUAACGCCCCUCUUUCAGAGUAGGGAUAAGUUUUCUGAUAUUUGGAUAAUGAAGGAAUAUGAUAAUGAAAAGUCUUGGAUUAAAUUGUUAAGUGUUCCUCACAUGAAAGAAUAUGGUUUUUAUGGCUAUACCAAGGCAUUAUAUGUUUCAAAGGAUGACCAGGUGCUGAUGGAGUUUCUCAAGAAUGGGAAAUAUAAUUUGGUGGUUUAUGAUUCCAUAAAUAAUAUUUUUAAGAUUCCUAAAUUUCAAAACAAGACGUACGAUUUAUUAUUUCAAAACAACAUCUAUGCUGAGAUGACACAAAAAGUCUAUGUUGAAAGUUUGAUAUCACCAUUAUAG